AUGGUAUCCUCAUUCUGCUGGAGUUGCCUGACGCGGCUCCCAACAGCGUCCCCCCGGCCCAUGCUUCCGCCGACCUUGACAGCACAGCGAGUCGCGGCGUUCCACACGUCGAGUCCACUUUUGGCAAUGCCUCCGAAGAAGAAGGCACCUGGUCAACAACAGGGUCCGAAGCAUCGUACAGCGACGACGUUCAAGAUGAAGAAGAGAAAGGUCACUGACAGAGUGCGCCCUCCUCCCGUCGGGGAGCGGAGAGCGCUCCGGAAACGCAUUGUCCUCAGCAACCCUAAUGCCCUCGAAGUGGCAGACAUGCAGGAUAUCUCUGCAGAAAACAUGGUGGACUCUCGGCUUCGUGGAUCCAUUCUUGGCUUGCCCGUGCCCAUGCUGGAUCAAUUGAGAGCUGUUCAGGCCUUCAAGCCCAAACAAGGCUGGUCUAUCUUUCGCCGGCCCGGCACCGUGACGAGACGGGAAACCGUCGAACUUGGACGGUUGAUCGAUGGUAUCUCCGAUAAACCUGAGGACAAGAGCAAGGUAGUCAAGAGAAUCGUCACUGGGCCCCGAGGUAUCGGAAAGACAGUUCACCUCCUUCAGGCCAUGUCGAUGGCCUUCACCAAGGAAUGGGUUGUUGUGACUGUUCCCGAAUGUCAGGACUUGGUUUUGGCCAACACUAGCUACGCGCCCCAUUCGGAGAAGAACCCCAACGUAUAUGUUCAAAACCAGGCCACCGCCGCUCUCUUGUCCCGCACUGUGACGGCCAACCAGAAAGUCCUCUCUAAGUUGAAGGUCUCUCGUGAACAUCCCGCCCUCAAGUCUCCCCUGAAGCGCGACACGACACUCGAGGCUCUCGCCAACAUUGGGAUUCAAGACCCUGCCUCCGCCUGGCCCGUCUUCCAAGCCUUGUGGACUGAGCUCACGGCUACAUCCCCCGCCCCUGGCUUCGAGAAGGACUUCGCCUCUCGUCCUCCUAUGCUCGUCGCCGUCGACGGCUUGGCCCACUGGAUGAAGGAGACCAAAUACCGCACUGCCAAGUACGAGCUCAUUCACGCUCAUGACCUUGUUUUCGUCCAGCACUUCCUCUCUCUGCUGAAGCCCGGCAAUCAGCAGUCCGUUCUGCCCAACGGUGGUAUCCUGCUCUACGCCACCUCCGCCUCCAACAGCCCUAGUAUCUACAGUCUUGAUGUUGCCCUCGAGCGAGUGGCCGCUCGCCAAAACCGCGUGUAUCCUUCCAGCCCGGACUACCCCAUGCCCACCGCCUUCAGUCAUCCUGACGAGCGUGUGCUUGCUGCGUUUGAGUCUUCCAAGUCCUCUGUUCCCACGGAGGGAACCCUGACGCUUCAGACCCUUGCCGGUAUCACUCGCGAAGAAGCCCGGGGCUUCAUGGAGUACUUCGCGCGCAGCGGUCUUCUGAGACAGCAGGUUAGUGAAGAAUGGGUCAAUGAGAAGUGGACUCUGGCUGGUGGCGGUGUGAUCGGCGAGCUUGAGAAGCUGGGAAGACGUCUCACAGUGCCUGUCCAGGUUUAA